AUGGCACAACUUGAUGAUACUAGAUCUCUUACCCUGGACACCCCCAGAAAUUUUAAACCCUUCACUUUGAGUUCAUUGGACCAUAUCGUCCCUUCAGUCUAUCUUUUCACUUACAUUACUUUCAAGCUCGACUCGCCCUCAAAUGGCAUCCCCACGCCCUUCCCUUCCUUAGCGGAAACAGUGAUGAUAGAAGAGCUUGUGGGCAAGCAGAACUUGAUGCAAGUCACACCGGCGGAUGCAUCAGCACUGCACGAGUCACCCAUGCUUAAGGUCAUUCAUCAUGCCGCUAAAACCUCCGCCGUGGAGUGCGAUGAUGUGCAACAUGCUGAUUUCGUCCCAAUUCUUCUCCAUCUGCACACCACCGAUCCAAGCCCUGUAUUGCGAUUCCAGGCCAAUGUGAUGACAGAUGGUCUAGUGUUAUGCCUGACUUUCGACCAUCGGAUGAUGGAUGGACUGGGGGUCCUCGCUAUUCUAGAUUCUUUGGCUGCAUGUUGUCGAGGCGACCCGGCACUCACAGGUAUGGCUGCGCAGCUUCAAAAAAAGCAGCAGCUUGCAUCGAUAAAGAGCUCGGCCCCAUACAAUGUCCAGGAUAAAUUCAAAGCUAGACCAAAAGUUCCAUGCAGCCCAGUUAGUCGGAGAUUUGCAGUGUCUCCAGAAAAGAUCAGCAUGCUCAAGGAAAAGUGCAACUCUAUGUUCUGCACGAAGUCUGGCCAGACAUUCAGACCGAAGUUGACAAAUGGGGAUAUUCUCACCGCGCUUAUUUGGAUCUCCGUCACCAGAGCAAAGCAAGCAUCAUCGCCAACCACACCCAAAGACACCCUUUCCACAUUGUCUUGUCUCGUCGAAAUUCGCACUAUCCUUUACCCCAAGCUAGGCACCUAUAUAGGAAACGCAAUGAUGACCACCCAAUGCGUACUAAACGAGAUCCGAAGCAUCACAACCGAGCAAGCCACCCGCUACGUCUCCCACAUCAACACCUUGGAUGAUUGGAGUUCGUUCCAGGCUCAAUGGGCCGAGUUAUUCGUGAGCAGUAUUCGCCAUUUCGAUGUGUAUGGGUUGAAUUUUGGUUCUGUGUUGGGCCCGGUUGAGAACUUUGAUCUGCCUGAUCCGAGGAUUAGUGGGAUGUGUUGGGUUAUGCCUGCAAGGCCGGUUUCUGGUGGAGCUAGGGAAAUGCCAUUGUGGGAAUUGAGAAUUGUGUUAGAAGAACCUGUUAUGGAGUGCUUAAAGAGGGAACCGUUGUUUUGUUGGGCGUCCGAUAUUAGUCGGACGAUUGGUGAUUCGAAACUUUGA